AUGGGAGAAGCCGAGGACGACGAGAAUGAAGACGAUGGUUCGGAUAAUGAGAGCGUCGGUAGCGACGGCGAGAGACCCUCGAAGAAGAAGAAGGCACAACGGUUCUUCUGCACAGACUUCCCGCCCUGCCAACUGAGCUUCACACGAAGUGAGCAUCUGGCUAGGCACAUACGGAAACACACUGGAGAACGACCAUUUCAAUGCCACUGCUCACGGCGAUUUUCUCGACUCGACAAUCUGCGACAACACGCACAGACAGUCCAUGUGAACGAGGAGAUCCCCGGCGACUCUCUGGCUGCGACGAGCACGAGGUUCCAGCGACAGAUACGAACAGAUCGUGUACGACCGACACCGAACAGCAGAUCUCGUGCCUCUACCAUCGGCAGCCAGAGCGGAUAUGUUCGGGGCCACAGCCGCAACUUGUCGACAUCCAGCAUUGGCUCGACCGCAUCUAGCGUCGGCAUUCCUGAAGACAUACGCCGCCGACCUCAGCCACUGGCGAUGGCGAAUGAAUCGUCCCAUCGUCACAGUCAAUCGAUGGACUCAUAUAACGGAAAUCCUGGGAUGCCGCCACACUAUGCCUAUUACAACCAAGCUUCGUCGGGAUACAGCACCCCGACGUCGACGGCGUACUCUACCGGUGGCCAAAGCCCUCAGUAUCACAGCGCGGUCAUGGCUUCGCCAAGCUCAGCACUCGGCCGAUCAUCAUACUACAACGGCGCACGUCCGUCCAGUCGCAGACUUUCGGUACCGUCGGCCAAUAACCCAUUCCAGCUUCAACCGCCUCACGCGCAACCUUACUUUAAUCCGCUGCCUUCCGGGACAUCUUCAAAUUUCUCCCAGAACAGCAGUACUUUUGGAAGUCCUACAAGUUCUGUGUUUUCGCAUGGGCGGAGAGAUUCCGAGACCGAUAUGGAAUGGCGGAGGAGGACAUGGCACCCAAGCACCAACUCUCAAUACGCGCAGAGACCAGCUACGAGCGGCCUGACUUACCAUCAGACACCGGAUGAGCCACGACCGGCUUUCACUCAACACCAAGCCGCCAGCCAGAUGACGCGGUUGCCGGGAAUAGAAAGCUUCGAUCAUGUGCCGCCACCAAGCGCCAGACAACAGCCAAGUCCAAUGAUGACUGACUCUCGGCCGAUGUCCUCCGGACGCCCAGUCGAGUCACUCCUGCAGCAAGGCUUGACAAGACUGGAUAUCACUGCGGCAAAUGCGCCUACUGAGGGUCAUUGGCAACCAAGCCAGCCACCGGCGCCCGGCUUUCAGUUUCCGCCACCUCCCACGGCACAGUACGUCCAGCAUAAGCACUUUUCAAUGCCUGAUCACAUUUCGACUCCACGCAAAUACAAGCGCAGUGGUUGGUAUGGUGGUCCGAUCCCGACUGUCCUGGGAGGUCCGACUAUCAAUCGACCUUCGCCAGAGGACUCGGGCAGCAGCGAUGGCGUCCCGACACCUUCCACCUCGCUUGGAGCAGAGUACAACCCUGUCAUCGUCAAUCCUCCGGGCACUGCAGAGGUGUACCCGUCCGCAGCUGUGGUCGCAGAUGAGAACAAGGUUGCUAGAGCCGAUUCUGGAUAUCUAUCAUACCACUCGGCACCCCCGAGCCAACCACCGCAGACAUAUGCCCUGCAGACGACCCAAGGACCACCAUACCCUCCUCCGGAUUUCUCUCAACAGACUCCCCGCCAAGACGGCAUGGCUAAACUCGAGGCUCUUGUCGCCGUUGCGACGAGUGAGGGCAGCCGUGCUGGUGACCACCGCUCUUGAACUCAUCGACAUGCCGUCCGACGAGCACCGUCACUACUACUUCGACAUCAACAUUCUCCCUACCCUUUUACAUAUGACGACCUUGACGACCCUUUAUGCCUUGAAACGAAAGCUCAGUCUACUGAGAACGAAACGACCGGACUUUCUGAUCACGAAGAAGAUACCCCAACCGAACAGACUCCUUUGGAGCUAUACAUAAUUUCGCAUGAUGAUGCAAAGGAACGAAAGGCAACGAAAGAGUUGGCAUUUCGCAUGAUUUUUAUGAUUCGAGCUUUUUGAAAUCACUCGCUUUGAGUCCAGCAAUGACAGCGUUCCGUUUCGUUGUGAUUCCCUUUCUUGGAUGAUGCUUUGCCUUGAGAGCUGCUUUUGAUUUUGCUUGAUAUCCAUUGGGCGUGACAGCCGAAAUGAGGGAUUCUGCUUUGAUUGUGAUUUCUUGUUGUUUGCAACGUAUACACACGUACGAUAUGUUGAAUUCUCUC